AUGGAGUUGACACAUCUUCAGGCUUCCAACGGCAGGGCUGUCAGUGUUCCUACAGGAUUGUUUAUCAAUGGUGCAUUCGUUCCUGGCCAGACUGGUUCUACCAUUGAUGUGCGAAACCCGCUGAACGAGGAACUAUUGGCUAAAUUGGCAUCUGCCCAAAAGGCAGACGUUGAUAUUGCAGUCAAUGCCGCAGCAGUAGCCUUGAAAGGGUGGAGGGCGGUUUCAGCUAUCCAGAGAGGUGACCUCCUUGAUCGAUUAGCAGACCUCAUCGAGCAAAACGCUGAGGAUUUUGCAACGAUCGAGGCUAUCGAUGCUGGGAUACUAUACAACGACUCCCUACGCGGCCACGUCAAACAUGCAGCCAACACACUUCAAUACUAUGCACGACAGGCUGGUCAGAUUGCGGGCGACGCACUUGAAAUCCCCAAUGGCUUCGCGUACACCCGCCGCGAACCUUGUGGGAUUUGCGCCGCGAUUAUCCCCUGGAAUGCACCAUUGAUGAUUACAUGUUGGAAGCUCGGACCUGCUAUUGCGAGCGGCAAUGUCUUGAUUAUCAAGACGCCGGAAUUGGCACCCCUAUAUGGGCAGAAGCUUGCUCAGCUGGUAGUUGAGGCCGGGUUUCCGCCUGGCGUGGUCAACAUCCUCUGCGGAUUGGGGCAGGAAGCAGGCCAAGCAAUUGCUGAUCAUAUGCUAAUCAGGAAGGUUGCCUUCACAGGCAGCGAUAGGACCGGGCGCAGCAUUCUCCGUGCUGCUGCAAACACUAACCUCAAGAAAGUGACCCUUGAGUUGGGCGGCAAAGGCCCCGGCCUCAUUUUCCCCGAUGCAGAUCUCAAAAAUGCCGCUUUCUGGUCAAGUCUUGGCUCCAGUGCCAACAACGGGCAGAUUUGUGCUAUCAUGUCUCGUCUCUACGUGCAUGAGAGUGUAUACGACGAGUUUCUUAGUCUUUUCAAAGAGCAGUCCCAAGCACCAGUGAAGCAUGGUGACCCGACGAACCUGGAAGUUAGCAAAGGACCUGUUGCCAGCCUUGGCCAAUAUGAAAGAAUUAUGUCGUAUAUCGAGAAGGGUCGGGAGGAGGGCGCCACGGUUCUUUUCGGUGGCCACUCUAUUGCGAGCGGUAACUUUGUGCCCCACACCGCGUUCGUGGAUGUCACCGAGGGAAUGAGCAUCGUCAAAGAAGAAAUCUUCGGACCUGUGGUGACAAUUUCCAAGUUCUCGAGCGAAGAAGACGCUAUAAAAAAGGCGAACGCUUCGGAGUAUGGACUUGCAGCUUACGUCUUCACAUCAGAUAUGGCUUGCGCCAAAAGAGUAUCUGACUCGCUUGAGGUGGGCCAGGUAUCGGUAAAUUGUUGGAGCCUGAUUAAUGUAAAUGUGCCAUUUGGUGGAGUAAAGCAGAGUGGGUUUGGUAGGGAUAUGGGCAGAGAAGCUCUGGAUGACUGGACGACAGUUAAAAGUGUCCAGUAUUGGAUGCCUAGCGGUGUGAGAGCCUAG